AUGUGAAAUUCGUGUCAAAUAGAACACAUAAAACGGGCUCCUGGACAAUAAUUCACAUGGCAUCUUUUUGCUAAAAUCAAAAAAUACCUGCUUGUAUUGUUUUAUUAUAUUUGAACAACUAAACAUGGAACACGUGGUCUUCACUCACCUGGAGAUGGGAAACAUUUUUAGUACAAGUUUUCGUAAACUGACAAAUUGAGUGAAACAGAAAUGUCUCAGCAACACCUGUGAGUUUUCUUUAAACUGAGAUUACAUGACAAUAAGACGACCUCUGAAGUCGUGCAUCAAAAAUGAAGAGACCAGACCUUAGACGUUUUAAAAACCUGUAAAAAUCUGCACGCUGUUGAGCAUCUCACCAUCCUUCUGAAAGAAGAGCUCUCGAUUGGACAAUGGCAAAAACAUACUCCUCCAAAAUGGCUACUGUUGGCUUCUGACAUCAAAGGCAACAACUUGGGGACAAUGAAAAGAUUUUUCAACAUGACUAUUUGUGCCUACGGUACCAGUAUCGUCACCUGAAGCUCGUUCUAGUUGCUCUAAAGAAAACCUUCGGUGUUGUGACAGUAAACUAAUGCUGUGUCUUCUGCGAACUGCAGUUGCAUAACCAAAGUCAAGCCUCUGCAAUCAAUAAAUCCUGUCCUGAAUUACAUACCAAGACCACAAACCACUAGUGCGGCACCUUCUGCAGAACAAGUUAAUGACCUCCUUAGACGAUACGAUGCAUUCACUCAACCGUAGCCUGACAACAGAUACAGCUCUGUAGCUUCUUUCUUUCUCUUCCACAAUGGCCUCUGUCACUGAAACGCCGUUUUCCUUCUCAAACGCCAACUGCUCCACCUCUGUAAUGCCUCUGUUGUCCUGCACCCAUCCGUCGUACGUCGCUGCUGGCGCGAUUGCUGUGCUCAGCUGCCUUCUGGGAAUCCCGACUAACAUCCUCACGAUCGUAAAACUCAGCAGCCAUCUGCGAGGCUCCUCCAUGACGAAGCGCCUCAUCUUCAACCUGGCUCUGUCGGACCUCCUCUCGCUGCUCUGCUUGGUGAUCGCCGGGGCCGUUUUUGCCACCGGGCCCCAUUUGACACAUGGAUUGUGUCAGCUUUUCUUUUUCGUCGUCUUAUUCUGCAUAACCUCCAGCUCCAACAUCCUGCUGCUGAUAAGCGUUCAACGUUACUACCAGAUUCUUCAUCAUGCCAAGUGGGAAAAAGUGCGCCGAGCAUGGCAGCGGGUUUUGCUCUCCGCUGUGUGGGGACUCGGGGCCCUGCUGCCUCUCCCACUUGUGUUUUCGCUGACGGAGAAGACAAGCGGAGACGCCGCAUCCAACAAGACGUCCUGUUGGAACAAAAUGAUCAAACCGCAAGCCGAGGUGGUCCACGUCGCUAUAGUGAUGUCUGCUCAACUUGUGGUGUUGGUGUUUUACGUAAAGCUUGUGAGAGGCAUCAGGAAGGUUCAGAUGUCUGACAAGAAAAAGCAAAAGAUCAAUAGACUGUUCACUCGGAUCCUUGCGGUCUCCCUAAUAGACUUUCUGCCUUUGUUUGCUCGCGUUGUGGCCAUUGCCGCCCAUUUCACGCACUCAAAAACGUUGUCCGACGUUAGCAGGAGUCUGACGUCUAUCGAGUAUUUGUACUUUUUAAACCACUGUCUGAACCCCCUGCUGUAUUUUUUUGCUUCUCGGCAUCAGCUAAGAGACAGAGAGAAGAAAAGAAAGCUAUUUCUCAUGGCUCUUAAUGACAGUUAUUAACAAGAUCCUUUGAAAUCUGUGCUGUGCUAUUUAACCUUUACACAUUUUUUAAUUUAUAAUUAUGUAUUAACACUGUUACAAAAACAUCCCAUAUAAACAAUGAGUUUGGUGUGGAUUUAUCUACCAUUUCUCUUUCUGUAAAAACUCGUUUUUGCUAUUAAAAUGUUUGCAGGCUGGACAUUGCAGUCAGUAUUUUCUUAAUUUGCUUAUUCCGUGUGUUUUCCAAAAAUAUCAAACCCCAGAAAUAGUUGAACAUUUACUUUAAAGUCCCCUUGCCAGCACACUAAUUGUGAGUUACCUUCGUUUAUUCUCCGUUAGAAUCAAAUUGUGGCUGGGUCAUUCUGAAAUGUGACUUUCAGUGGAAAAAAGAAGUUGGUCAAAUUAAAUGUUUAAACUUAAAUCUGCUGAAUAUCCCUUUAAGCCUAUUAACCUAAAGGGAAGAGUUGGACUCAAGGAAGUCCCAAGUCACAUUGUUUAAUAUUAGCAUUAGAAUGCAAUGCUAAUGCUUAUGUUAAAAUGUUAGCAUACUUUAUCAAUUCAGAAUACCUUUAUUUGCUAAUUGCAUAAUUUGACCUCUUGCUAGUUUACCUUUCUGCUCUAAAAUUUCUACAAAGUUUAAGAAUGUUUGUUUGAAAUCGGCUAAUAUUUUACACUGUACACUUUCUACGAUUUUGAAAGUCUUUCUAAUAUGCCAGAGAAAAUCAUGCUGUGAAGACAUCAGAUUAUGCUACUGCAUAGUAGGAUGCUACAGGUUUCACUUUAAAGAAAAGGACAAAAAAAAAAAAAAACUGUUUGGAAAUAUUUGCUCCCUCAAAACAGGGAAAGUCAUGUUGUAGAAAUCAAAGGUACGCCGGUCUCUCAUAUUUAGGAGACGUCUUAAAAUCAAAGCUGUCCAACCAAAAAAAAACUAUUUAUAAUUAUUAGCAUGUUAUACAUUCCUCUAUAAAACCAUAAAACAUUUUUAAUUAAGCGGGUCUCUCACAGUCAGAAUUUGUUUUUUCUCGUUUAAAGUGGGUCUUUUCUUUCCACUGUUGCCGCAUACUUGAACAGCGUAAAAGAUUGCUACAAUGUCAGUGACUCAAUCAGUUUGGCUUCCAUAAAAUGGAAAAUUUUAUGGAAGCCAAACCUUGAUGGAAAUCCAUUUUAUGGAAGCCAAACCUUGAUGGAAAUCCAUUUUAUGGAAGCCAAACCUUGAUGGAAAUCCAUUUUAUGGAAGCCAAACCUUGAUGG